UAAAUGCUACAGUGAGGCAGGGUAGACGUUGGACUCUCUUUCACAGUUGCUUUGAUGUGGAAAAUGGCCCGUCCCCAGGUCGCAGCCCGCUGGACCCGCAGGCCAGCUCCUCGUCAGGACUCGUAUUGCACACGACAUUCCCAGGCCACAGCCAGCGCAGGGAGUCGUUCCUGUACAGAUCCGACAGCGACUAUGACUUAUCACCAAAGACGAUGUCCAGGAACUCUUCUCUCCCAAGUGAACAGCACGGGGACGACCUGAUUGUCACACCUUUCGCCCAGGUGCUGGCGAGCCUACGAAGCGUGAGGAACAACUUCACGCUCCUGACCAAUUUGCAUGGCACAUCCAACAAGAGAUCUCCAGCAACAAGUCAGCCACCUGUCUCCAGAGUUAACCUGCAAG